GUUCAUAUUUUUAAUUUAUUUUUCUCUUCCAUUUUGCUCUCAGAAACCAACUUGGGUUGGGUGGUUUACUGUUCAUCUCUUCGUCUUCAUGUUUGAGCAUGUGGAAUAGAACUGGAUUCUUCUAUCCUGUGGCUGAGACGAAUCCUCUUCUCCAUGUGACCCCACAUGUGUUUUUUCAGUUUUGUUGUUCAAUUUCGAUGGGUGGUUGUACUAAGAAUGGAUUUCAAACGAGGCUAGUCUGAAAGUCUUGCUCCUAAUUUUGCCUUCUGAAGAACAGAGGAAGACGGAUAUAACACAACAUAGCCAAUUAAGUCUGGUACAAAUGGCUUCAAGAGUAGAUACCAGUGAAGACAGUGAAACCAAAGGUAGCAUGUGGGUUUUGGAUCAGAACCUUGACCAACCUAUGGAUGAAGAAGCAGGAAGGCUCAGAAAUAUGUACAGAGAAAAAAAAUUUUCUGCCCUAUUGCUUCUGCGGCUUGCAUAUCAGAGCCUUGGGGUGGUGUAUGGGGAUUUGGGAACUUCGCCUUUGUAUGUGUUCUACAAUACUUUUCCCCGUAAAGUGAAAGAUCAGGAGGAUGUGAUUGGAGCUCUUUCUUUGAUCAUAUACUCUCUUACUCUGGUACCACUCCUCAAAUAUGUUUUCAUCGUAUUAAGAGCAAAUGACAACGGACAAGGUGGAACAUUUGCACUUUAUUCAUUGCUUUGCCGACAUGCAAAUAUAAAAACAAUUCCUAAUCAACAUCGCACUGACGAGGAGCUAACAACUUAUAGUCGGUCUACCAUCCAUGAAAGGUCAUUUGCUGCAAAAACGCAGAGAUGGUUAGAGGAAAAAGCUUCCAGGAAAAAUGCUAUCCUUAUUCUUGUCCUUGUUGGCACCUGCAUGGUUAUUGGAGAUGGGAUUCUUACCCCCGCAAUAUCUGUUUUAUCAGCUGCUGGUGGAAUCAAGGUAAAUCACCCUGACAUCAGUAAUGGUGUAGUUGUGGUGGUUGCUGUUGUAAUCUUGGUCGGGUUAUUUAGCAUGCAACAUUAUGGUACAGAUAGAGUUAGUUGGCUCUUUGCUCCAAUUGUCCUUCUUUGGUUUCUCCUUAUCGGAAGCAUAGGUAUUUUCAACAUCUGGAAACACGACAGCAAUGUUCUAAAAGCUUUUAAUCCUGUUUAUAUAUAUCGGUAUUUUAGAAGAGGAGGAAUAGAUGGUUGGACUUCCCUAGGGGGUGUAUUGCUGAGCAUAACAGGGACAGAGGCUCUAUUUGCAGACCUAUCUCAUUUUCCAGUUUCAGCUGUACAGAUAGCAUUUACUCUACUUGUUUUUCCUUGCCUUCUGCUAGCCUAUUCCGGACAAGCUGCCUACCUUAUGAGUCACUUGGAUCAUUCCCGGGAUGCUUUCUAUAAAUCUAUUCCAGAGAGAAUAUAUUGGCCUGUGUUUAUUGUUGCAACAGCAGCAGCUAUAGUUGCAAGCCAAGCCACAAUAUCUGCAACUUAUUCAAUUAUUAAGCAAGCCUUUGCACAUGGCUGUUUCCCAAGAGUCAAAGUCAUACAUACAUCAAAGAAAUUCCUUGGCCAGAUAUAUGUUCCGGAUAUUAACUGGAUCCUUAUGAUUCUUUGCAUUGCCGUUACUGCUGGGUUUGAAAAUCAAAGCCAGAUUGGAAAUGCUUAUGGUACAGCAGUUGUGAUAGUUAUGCUGGUCACAACAUUGCUUAUGACGCUAAUCAUGAUUUUGGUGUGGCGCUGCCAUUGGAUUCUUGUUGUCGUCUUCACUGUCUUAUCACUGAUUGUGGAAUGCACUUACUUCUCUGCUGUACUUUUCAAAGUGAACCAAGGUGGUUGGGCUCCCCUUGUAAUUGCUGGAGCAUUCCUUACAGUUAUGUAUGUUUGGCACUAUGGCACAGUCAAGAGGUACGAGUUUGAAAUGCAUAGUAGGGUAUCUAUGGCAUGGAUUCUCGGGCUUGGCCCAAGUUUAGGACUUGUUCGUGUCCCAGGGAUUGGACUAGUCUACACAGAGCUCGCACGUGGAGUACCUCACAUCUUUUCUCACUUCAUCACCAACCUACCAGCCAUCCAUUCUGUAGUUGUAUUUGUAUGUGUGAAAUACCUACCUGUCUAUACCGUCCCAGAAGAAGAGCGGUUCCUUGUCAGGAGAAUAGGACCGAAGAACUUCCACAUGUUUCGAUGCGUAGCACGAUAUGGCUAUAGAGACCUGCACAAAAAAGAUGACAAUUUUGAGAAAAAACUGUUUGAUAAUCUUUUCAUGUUUGUUCGGCUGGAGUCAAUGAUGGAAGGAUUUUCAGACUCAGAUGAGGAAUACAGUUUAUGUGAGCAGCAGCAGCAAGGCAGGCAGACAACAAGAGAUAAUAGACUUGUGAAUAACAAUAGCAGCGGCAACACAGCCUCUUCUGAUAUGGAUCCAACAAUGUCAUCAGUGGAUUCAAUUGUGCCAGCUAGAUCUCCAUCACACGUGAAUAUUACCGUUAGGUCCUCCGGUCUACGAAGCAGCCAGACUGACGGUGAUGAACUUGAGUUCCUGAACAAUUGCAGGGAUGCUGGGGUGGUUCACAUACUAGGGAACACCGUUGUGAGAGCAAGCAGGGAUUCAAGAUUGUACAAGAAAGUAGCUGUGGAUUACAUAUAUGCAUUCCUGAGGAAGAUGUGCAGGGAAAACAGUGUGAUCUUCAAUGUCCCCCAUGAGAGUCUUCUAAAUGUUGGUCAAGUUUUCUAUGUAUAGAUAGAUUUUAGUCCUUACAUAAUGUAAUCUAUAUGCUCGGUUCCUUGUCAACAUCAUAAGAAGAAGUGUGUAUCUCAUGCACGGUUGAGCAUCGUGUAGUGUAUGAAUAAAAUUCUUAGGUAUUGUUAUCAUCUGUUGCCAACCCUUCCCUCCCUUUUGUUUCGUUUUUGUUUUUUUUUUUGGGGGCCCACAAGAUGUUUACAUAAGGCUCUAAGAAUCUCUCACAAAAGCCAAUGGCAUUGUAACCUAGUCAUGUGAAAGCUCUUAUAUAAAUGAAAGGUUGUGGGUUCGAUCUCUGUUA